CAAAUAAUAUUAAGUGUUUUAAUUAAUCCUGUUUAAAUAUAUCUUUAUUUUAGAAUUUUUUAUUGAUUGUGUUUUAAUUCAUUAGAGUAUCCAAUUAUUCUUAAUUAAGGUUUGUUUCUACUUAAUAUAAUGAUGAUUAAAUUUUCUUUCCUAAUUAUUGUUUUAUUAUCUCUUUCAAUCUAAUAUUUUAUUUGCUUUGACAUAAUAUUUUAUUUGUUUGACACAGAUUUCUGAAUAUUCUACCAAAUUAAGUUUAACUGGUCUCUCUACAAAAAAACAACUACUUUUUAGCUUCGACCAUCAGUGAGAAAGAAAAAGCAGCUACAGCAUAAUUAAGAAAAGUUGUUCCAUCCAAUGGAGUUCUUAUCUUUUGCUGGAGGUUUUCUUUUACCUGGUAUAUUUGACUCGCUACGUGGAAAGUUGAAUGAAUAUAUAAGUGAUCAGUUGAUUGGAUAUAUAAGUGAUCAGCUACAAAAUUCAGAGGAGGAAGUACGUGCCCAGAUGGAAAGCUGGAAGACUCUAUUGUCCAAAAUCACAGCUAUACUUCAACAUGCAGAAGAUAAUCAAGGCGCCAACAUGUUUGUGAAGUCAUAUCUUGAUGAUCUCAAGGACUUGGCUUAUGAUAUGGAGGACAUACUUGAAGAGUUUGUGAUUGAUGCCAGGAGGUCCGAAUUGACUGCAGAACCUGAUGCUAGACCCAACAGACGACAAAAAUGCCUCUCCAAUAUCAUGAAUUUAUUUAGAUCUAAGGCCAAACCCAAUCAAAAGAUUGGUUCCAUGGUGAAUGAUCUGAAAGUUAGAUUGGAGCGUUUUGAAAAGGAGAUGCAUACUUUUGGCCUGUUCAAUCUGGCUUUGAAACUUGAAGAUAAGUCUCACAAAGUAGUUGUAAAAAGACUACCUGAGUCUUCUCUUCUUGAAGAUAUGGUGUUGGGUCGAGAUAGUGAUCAACAAGCUAUUCUUCAGAGGUUGCUAGAAGAUGGAGGCAAUCUUGAACAAGACUUCAUUAUUCCCAUUGUUGGAAUGGGUGGACUAGGCAAGACAACUCUUGCUCGGCUCAUUUACAAUGAUGAAAAGCUGAAAAGCAGGUUUGACUUGAAGGCAUGGGUUUGUGUUUCUGAUGAGUUUGAUGUUGCUCGAAUAACAAGAACCAUUUUAGAACAGGUGACUAGGAAAAGGUGUGCUCUUGAUGAUUUCAGUUCACUUCAAGAGGAAUUGAAAGGGGAGUUAUCUGGGCGCAAAUUUUUUCUUGUAUUGGAUGAUGUUUGGAAUAAGGAAUAUGGCAAUUGGGAUACAUUGAAGAGACCUUUCAUGUCAGGAGCUCUUGGAAGUAAAAUAAUUGUCACAACUCGAAACAAGGAUGUUGGGACGAUGAUGAGAGGAGAUGAUGGAGUUUACAACUUAGAAUUGCUACAAGAUGAUGCUUGUUUGCCAUUAUUUACACGACAUGCACUGGGGAAAGAGGACUUUGCUGUGCACCCAGACCUACAAGAUGUUGGUGAGAAGCUUGUUGAGAGGUGCAAAAGAUUGCCAUUGGCACUAAAAACACUGGCUGGCGUCUUGCGAGGAAAGUUGUGUCGUGAUGAGUGGGAAAAUAUAUUAAAUAGUGACAUAUGGAGUUUAUCAGAAGAUAGAAGUGGAAUUCUUCCUACUUUGAGAUUGAGCUACAAUGAUCUUCCUUGUCACUUGAAGCGAUGCUUUGCUUAUUGUGCUUUGUUCCCUACAGACCAUGAAUUUGACAAAAAGGAGUUGGUUCUGUUAUGGAUGGCUGAGGGCCUGUUACAGCAACAGUCACAUGGAAAGAAGCAAAUAGAUGAGGAGAUUGGUCAUCAAUAUUUCCAAGAGUUGUUAUCAAGAUCACUCUUUCAACAAUCAAGUGGAGAUGAAUCACGGUUUGUGAUGCAUGACCUCAUAAAUGAUUUAGCUGUAGAUGUUGCUAAAGAAAUAUACUGUAAUCUUGAACGUGAUGAAAGAUUAGAGAAAGCUCGUCAUUUGUCAUUCACUCAACACAGGUAUGAAAUCUCAAAAAGAUUCAUAAUCUUGAAUAAAUUGAAGAAUUUGAGAACAUUCUUGUCACUAAAAGCACUCAGUUACUGGGAUGACUUCUAUUUGUCUAACCAAAUCUUGCAUGAUUUCUUGCCAAAUUUGAAUUGCUUAAGAGUGUUGUCUCUUUGCGGCUAUCAAAUAAGCAAGCUACCAGAUUCUUUUGAAAAUUUGAAACAUAUUCGGUACAUCAAUUUGUCUAACACACAAAUCGAAUGUCUUUCUGAAUCAGUGGGUUCUCUUUUAUUCCUGCAAACACUACUAUUAUAUGGUUGUCAUCAACUUACUAAGUUGCCUACCACGAUUGGGAAUCUAAUUGAUCUCCAUUGUCUUGAUAUCACUGAAACACAUUCUUUAAAAGAGAUGCCAUCAGGAAUAGGCAAUCUUAAAAAUCUUGUAACACUGUCCAAAUUUAUGGUGGGGAAAGCUAGUGGAAUGAUGAGAUUAUCUGAUUUGAAGAAUUUGUUGCAACUUCAAGGAAGAUUGUCUAUUCUAGAUCUGCAAAAUGUUUCAGAUGUUCGAGAUGCUGGGGAGGCCAACCUAAACAAGAUCCAUGGUUUGGAAGAGUUAGUCUUAAAGUGGACUAUUCUUGAUAACAAUCGAGAUGAAUCAGUCCUCGAAAUGCAAGUCCUCAGCUGGUUAAAACCUCAUUCAAAUUUGAAAAGUCUUCAAAUUUCUUGCUAUGGUGGCAAGAGUUUUCCAAACUGGGUUUGUGAUCCAUUAUUAUUUUUGAAUUUAUCAUCCAUGGAGCUCAGCAAUUGUAAGAGAUGCACUUUGUUACCAUCACUUGGCUUACUACAUGUUCUCAAAAAAUUGAUUAUUAAAGGCAUGGAGGCAAUAGAAGCUGUGGGUCUUGAGUUUUAUGGGCAACAUGACUCUUUUCGAUCACUGGAGGAAUUGGUUUUUCAAGACCUGUUAAAUUGGAAGGAAUGGACUUCUCCAAUUGGAAGUGAAGGUGAAUUCCCUUUUCUUUGUAGGCUUGUGAUUGAAAAUUGUCCUGAGUUGUUAGGCCAAUUACCCAACAACCUUUCUUCACUUAAAGAGUUGGAAGUUAGAGGUUGCAAUGCGGUGCUUUUGAAGAGUAGGAGUGAUCUCAUCUCGCUUGCUAAUUUGAAAAUUGUGAACAUUUCAGAACUGACUUGUUUGCCUGAGAGUUUUACACAGUUCUUGAGAACACUUAAGACUCUGGAUAUUGAAAAUUGCAAUGAUCUUACUUGUUUGUGGGAGGAAGGGACAAAAGUAGAACAAAGCCUCUUGCCUUUCAAUCUUAAACAUCUUAGCAUUGUGGGCUGUGGAGCUUUGGAGUCAUUACCUGAUGCAAUGAUGGUGAGGAUGGAUGGAAGCGGUAGCAGCAACACUAGUAUGUUGCUGUCGAGACUGGAAGAGUUGGAAAUUGGGGGUUGUGAUUCUCUCAAGUCUUUUCCAGGAGGCAAAUUACCCAUCACACUCAAAUACUUGCGUAUAGAAGACUGUAAAGGUCUGGGGUCUCUACCGGAUAUUGAUGGUGACAUUAAUAAUAGCAGUCUACAUUUGAAAAUAAGGAAUGUUCCAUGUUUGUAUUCUUCACUGCCAGCUUUUGUGAAGGAAUUUGCAGUUGGUGAUUGCGAGUGGUUGGAAUUAUUUCCAGAGAGGAUGCUACAAUAUUGUACGGGACUCCAACAGAUUAGAAUUGAAGAUUGUAAAAUAUUGAAAAGUUUACCCCCCGUUAAUUGCGUCAGCAAUCUCCUUUCUUUAAAUAUUUUCGGGUGUGAAGUUUUAGAGUCCUUACCAGACGAGUUGGGGUUAUGCACCCCCAAUCUUAAGCAUCUAGCUGUAAUUGGCUGUAAGAAUUUCAAAUCCCUCCCAAAUACGAUGUACCAGUUGGAAUCUCUUCAAGUGCUAUGGAUGGCAUACUGUCCCAGCAUCGAGUUCAUUCCAGAUGGGGGUUUGCCUCCAAACUUAACAUGGCUUUCCUUACAAGGAUGUAAGAAUCUCAGGAGGGUGCCGAAUACAAUGUACCAGCUCACAUCACUUCAGAUUCUAGAAAUCCCAGGUGGGGCUUUGAUGAUGGGCCUUCAAAACCUUACGUCUCUUCAAAAUUUACAAAUUGAGCAGAAAUUCCCUCUGGAUAUUGUUCUGCCUUCUUCUUUAACCUCUCUUUUGAUCUGGGAUGAAGAAAAUCUGAAAUCCAUACCUGAGGGGCUCUUCCAAAACCUAAGCUCGCUUGAAGAGUUAUUCAUAUUUAACUGCCCGAAGCUACGAUCUUUGCCAAAGGAAGCCUUCCUUCCCUCGCUUGGAAAACCAUGCAUCAUCGGGUGUCCGCAUCUAAAACGACAACGCUUUGAGGCGAAAGGAGACUACUGGACUCUCACCCGUGGCAUCCCCAAUGUUGAAAUAAAUAAGGUUGACCACAAGAGCUAUCCAGCUUGUCGCAACCAAUUGUUGAGAUUAGCUAAAGGGGAUGAGUGAUUGGCCUUGGCGUCAUGGGAAUUCACCACCACCAAGGAGCUUGCUGCUUGCAAAAUGAUGUUCUUAGGCAAGCCAACCAAUUUUCAAUUUUAAAUACAAGUACUGCUGGAGCUCAAGUUUUCCAUUUCGAAGAAUAGGGAAGACUUUUGAAAUAAGGAGUUGCUGAUGUUCAAAUGAGAUAUUUCUGUAAACUGGAACUGGAAUGCGGAUGAACUCUACUGAAUUAAGCAAGCUUGUAAUCUGAUUAAAUAAAGCUGUAGUUUUACAAGUUUUUUAUUUGGGAAAAGCAGAACUUACCCUUCAACUACAGGAUUAGUUAAAAGGUGAUUGAUCCAAGAUUCCAAGUUCAAGCCUCCCUUUUUAGGCAAGAUCUUUCUUCAACAAGUAGGUGCUGGAUGCUUUGACAUUAAUGUUGCUUUUCAUGUGGGAGAUGAUGCGUCCAGUAUGAUGAGUCAAAAAUGGUGAUGCAACAAUGUGUGCUGUGUUCUCUGUUUAUUCAUCCUAGGUCACAACCAAGAUUGCAGCACAAACACUACUGCUUUACUUAACAAUGGGCUGACUUGCUUUAACAACUUGGUGAAAAAUGGUGGUGUUUACAAAUUUGUCAUAGUUGCACGCUCGCAGCUAUAAUCUUCUACCCUCCAAAGAAUGCUGUCUUUGGGCAUGGAUUUUCUUUGAGUUUUUCUAGUAACUUCUCUUGAUCAAUUCCCUAAAUCAAGGACAAUUUGAGGAUAUAAAUAAGGGUGGAUGGAGUAAAGCUUUGAGGCAGCAUUAUGCAGAAAUCAUUUCCAGGAUUCUUCUGCUGCACGUACCCAUCCAUUUGGUGUUGAGAAAACUCUUCACAAAUGCAUACACGAAUUGCAUGGAGCUUGGACUUUGAAUGUAUCAAGUCAGUGGAGCUUUAAAUAAUGUCCAAUGGUUGGUUUUGAUCAACAUUGUAAAAGACAGUAAAGGGACAAUGAGAGUGAGUUGCAACAGUAGCAGGAAGGUUAGUGGAGGAGUAAUGGUUCUGCUAGAUGAUCAACAGUGAUUUGGUCACAAUUCCUUUUGAUACACGUUUAGCACACUUAAUGAGAUUCCCAAUUUGAUUGGAGAUUUUAACUUCCAGCUUUAUUUUGGUGAUGGUUAUGACAUUUGUUAUCCAACUAUUUAUUCUUGAUGAUUAAUUGUUGUGUACAACUUCUAGUGUUUCCUAGAGUAGAUGAAACUUUGUGAUAAUCCUAUUUUUAUAGCAGUUGUUUUUUACUGGACUAGGUCUUAUGAUUUUUUUCCCCUUAAAGAAUUUUCACAUUAAGAAAUCUAGUGGCCUAAUUUUGUUGAUAUUUGAUUUUGACCCAUUAAUCCCAAAAAGUUAGAAAAGCUCACUUUUAUCCUUGUUAUCGUUAUUCAAAUUGAAGUUAUUAGUUGUACCGGAUGGAUUUUUUUUUGAACAGUAAAAAGUAAUAUUUAUU